AUGAAUGCGUACGAACAAAACGCAUCGUUGUCCUCAAACGAUGAAACAGCCACAAAAGUAAGACUAGCACGCUGGAAAAAACGCCUACAAAACUUAACAGAGAUACAACUACCGACUGACUACCCGCGGCCACUUCCUUUGCAAGUGGUAGAAGCAGUGCAGACACUACACCUGCCAGAAGCGACAGCUUAUGCUGUUUUACAAUUGUCGAUAUCUCUGUCAUUCUCUUCCAAUCAUACUAAGAAUCAAAAUGAAAUUCCAAAUAAUAAUGACACGGAUAAAAACAAGAAUAUUGCUGCACCAAAACGUCAUCCAUCACCAUUUACUAUUCUGUUAGCCGCAUUCGCAGUGUUACUUUAUAGAUAUACUGGGGACGAAGAUAUAACUGUUGGGUCUUCGUCCGAUUCGCGGAAUCCUCUUGUUCUGAGAUUGGCUAUUAAUCCUGCGGAUACUUUUGCAAAUAUAGUACAACGAGUUGAGCAGAUUGAGCAAGAAGCAUCAGCUGAUGAAGUCCCAUUUCACUUGCUUUUAUCUUCACUAUUUCCUGAUGACAGUAAUAAAAUCCGCGUCUCCUACAACCAAAUACUAUUUUCGUCUCGACGAAUCGAACAUAUUCUCGAUCAAUUAGUCACCAUAAUAAACAAUGCCGCACAAAAUAAAGAAAUUCCUGUGGCGCAGAUACCUAUUCUCACGUCAAAGUGCCUCGGGAUCUUACCGGAUCCGAUAUCGGAUUUGAAGUGGGGUGAAUUUCAGGGCGCGAUUACUGAUAUAUUUGCAAGGAAUGCUAAAAUGUGGCCGGAUAGGCGGUGUGUGUUGGAGAGUGUUUUGAAUAGUGAUAAUAGGAAAAGGGUUUUCACGUAUCGUGAAAUUCAUGAGGCAUCUAAUCUAGUGGCACAGUAUUUGAGAUUGAAGGGAAUUGAACGGGAGGACGUUGUGAUAGUAUAUGCUUAUCGAGGAGUUGAUCUUGUUGUGGCUGUUAUGGGUGUAUUGAAAGCUGGUGCGACUUUUAGUGUCAUUGAUCCUGCCUAUCCACCAGACCGUCAAAACAUUUACCUACAAGUUGCACAACCCCGAGGAGUCAUCAUACUGAAAAACGCGGGUACAUUGAAUCCUACUGUCCGUUCAUACAUUCAAGAAAAACUAUCAAUAAAAUGCGAAAUUCCGGCCUUACAGAUUUUAGAAGGCAACAAAGGAGUGAAGGGAGGAGAAAUAGAUGGGAAAGAUAUUUUGGAUAUAUUACGCGGUUUUGAAUCGCAGGAUCUUGAGAUUGUUAUUGGACCGGAUAGUAUUGGGACGUUGAGUUUCACUAGUGGAAGUACUGGUGUAAGAGGGAGACAUUUCUCUUUAACUCACUAUUACCCAUGGAUGUCUCGAGAAUUUGGUCUUUCGGAGAAAGACCGAUUUACAAUGUUGAGUGGAAUUGCGCAUGACCCAAUUCAGCGUGAUAUAUUCACUCCGCUCUUUCUUGGCGCUGAGUUACACGUUCCGACUAGUGAAGAUAUUGGAGUUCCAGGAAGAUUGGCUACUUGGAUGGCAGAAAACAAAAUUACGGUUACUCAUCUGACCCCUGCUAUGGGUCAACUUCUCUCUGCAAACGCAAGCACACCAAUUCCGAGUCUCCGAAACGCAUUCUUCGUCGGCGACAUCUUAACAAAGCGCGACUGUAAUCGUCUACAGCAUCUAGCCUCAAACACUGUCAUCAUAAACAUGUAUGGCACUACAGAAACGCAACGUUCUGUUUCCUAUUUCACCAUCCCGUCUCUUUCGUCCGCACCAGCAUUUCUCGCGUCCCAAAAAGAUGUGAUACCGGCUGGCAAAGGCAUGCAAAAUGUUCAGUUGUUAGUUGUGAAUCGACAUAAUAAGAAUAUUUUGUGUGGAGUUGGUGAGAUUGGUGAAAUUUAUGUGAGGGCUGGUGGAUUGGCUGAAGGGUAUUUGCAGUUGGAACAGGUUACUCGUGAAAAGUUUUUGACGAAUUGGUUUAGUGAUGGGAAAAUUAAAAAUGAUGAAGAUGAAAAAGGGUCAGAGGAGUGGCGAGCUUAUUGGAAAGGAAAGAGAGAUAGAGUGUAUAAGACGGGUGAUCUUGGAAGAUACAGGCCCGACGGAAAUGUUGAAUGCGUCGGUCGUGCAGAUGACCAAAUAAAAAUCCGUGGAUUCCGUAUCGAGCUCGGCGAAAUCGAUACACGUCUUUCACAACACCCACUUGUUCGCGAGAAUGUCACGUUGGUUCGUCGUGACAAAUACGAAGAACAGACAUUGGUUAGUUACUUUGUACCCGUGGAAACAAGCGAAAUGGACGAAUUUUUGAGCUCGGCGGAUGAAGAUGACGGAGACGACACGGAUACUAAAGGACGACAAAAAUAUCGACGACUUAUUAAGGAAAUUAGAGAGUAUUUGAAGCAGAAGUUGCCGAGCUAUAGUGUUCCAAGCGAACCACCAAAACCCAUAAUACCAAUCGACGAAAACUUUUUCGAUCUUGGCGGCCAUUCGAUCAUUGCCACCCGUUUGGUAUUCGAACUGCGUAAAGCAUGUGGUGUUAAUGUUUCACUGGGGCUAGUAUUCCAGGAGCCGACGAUUCGAGGACAAGCAAAAGAGAUUGAGGGAAUCUUGAACCUCGAGUUGAACAUCGCUACUGAGGAUGACCAAGAGUACGAUUAUGCAGCUGAACUUGAGCCGUUGAUUGCAGAGUAUUUAUUAGAAAGUUACAAUUCAUUGCCUGACAAUAGUCCCAGAAAGCAAAUAUUUGUUACAGGUGUGACUGGAUUUUUGGGAGCAUUUAUUAUAUCAUCUUUAUUGAAUACUAGUAAUGAAAUAAAGAUUAUUGCACAUGUGCGAGCCAAAUCAAAAGAACUAGCACUAGAACGAGUACAGAAAAGUUUAAAAGCACAUAUGGUAUGGCGAAAAGAAUGGUUUAUCGAAAAUCGAUUAGAAGUAGUGUGCGGUGAUUUGGAAAAAGAAAGAUUAGGAAUUGACGAGGAUGAAUGGCGGGUAUUGACAGAAAAAGUUGAUGUUGUGAUUCAUAAUGGUGCAUUGGUCCACUGGGUCUACCCAUACACGAAACUACGUGCUGCCAAUGUUCUAAGCACAUUAUGGGCUAUAAGAUUAGCAUCGACACAUCAUGCAAAGUCAUUCCACUUUGUUAGUUCUACAUCGGUGUUGGACACCGAGCAUUAUAUCACACUGAGUGAUGAGAUAGUGGAACGUGGAGGACAAGGGAUUUACGAGCAUGAUAAUUUAGAAGGGAGUCGUAAAGGGUUGAGAAGUGGGUAUGGGCAAAGUAAGUGGGUUUCGGAGAAAUUGGUGUUGGAGGCAAGAAGAAGGGGGUUGCCUGCUACAAUAAUGAGACCGGGUUAUAUAAUCGGAGAAUCACGCACUGGAGUCACAAACACGGAUGACUUUAUUUGGCGUCUAAUUAAAGGAUGCAUUCAACUUGGUCUCAUUCCAACCAUCCACAACACAUUAAACAUAUGUCCAGUAGAUUACGUUGCCGACUGUGUCGUACAAAUAUCCCUUUCACCAAUUUCCCCUCAAAAAGGUGUAUUCCACAUCACACAUCCCUCUAACCCUUCAUUCCGUUUCAACGAUCUCUUCCAAUCCCUUACGAUCUACGGCUACUCUGUCCAGAAAACCGAGUACAUUAUUUGGCGAAAUAAACUAGUAGAAUUUACACUCCAAGCACAGGAUAAUGCUUUAUAUCCUCUCUUGCAUUUCGUGUUGGAUGAUCUGCCGACGAGUACAAAGUCCGCAGAGUUAGACGACUCGAAUACACGCGAGGUUGUGUCGCGUACGUCUAUUUGUAUUGACGAACGGUUGAUGGGCUUGUAUUUGGGCUAUUUGGUGGGUGUUGGCUUUUUGAGUCGUCCCGAGAAGACUGGUGAAAGAGUUUUGCCGGAUGUGGUGGUUGAUGCAGAGAUGUUGAAACGAAGUGGAAGCAAUUAA